AUGUCUUUACGUUCUCCCACGAGGUCACCUGGCAGGAUGGGUUUCAUGCCACUCAACAACCAGGGGUACCAGGGCAAUGCCGACGGCGAUAUCCCCCUUACCAAAGUCACCACUUCCAGCUCCUCUACAGGCGCCCGCAAGCCCAACCAAGCUCUCCCCGACGACAUGGCCGGCGAAGACAUGAGCGAGAAGAAAGGCUUCUUCCGCUCUCGUAGCAACAAAGGCCCUGCGGGCAGGCGCAAGGUCCACAAGGACUUGAAGGAGAAGGGCCGACAAGGCAGCUGGGGCUCCAACGACAUGUCCCUCAAUGCGAUGGGCCGUCUAUACAACAAGAUCAUUGGCUUCUCCGUCAUCACUCGCUACCUCGUUUACGUCGUUCCGGUCGCCAUUCUGCUCGCCAUUCCUCUCGUUCUGCUUCCCGUCACUGGCCACAAGGAUGACAUCCAUGUCGGUGGACAGUUGAAGAACUCCGAUGGAACACCUGCUACCGAUGCCAACGACAAACCCAUCAUGGGCCCGAGCCUGUUCUACCUCUUUCUUUGGAUCGAGAUCUCAUGGCUGAGUGUUUGGGCCGCCAAGAUAGUCGCCCAUCUGCUUCCCGGCGUAUUUAUGUUCUUCUGCGGCGUCGUUAGUUCUGGUACUCGAAAGUAUGCGACGGUCCUCAAGAACCUGGAGAUUCCGCUCUCUCUAUUCAUCUGGGCCUUGAUUUCCUGGCUGGUAUUCAAGAACUUCUUCAAGAACACCUCGUUUGAAUGGAUUUCAGUCAUCACAAAUAUCCUAGGAGCUCUUUUCGCCUCUUCUGCUGUUUUCCUCGGCGAGAAAUUUAUUGUCCAACUCAUUAGCAUCACCUACCACCAGCGAUCGUUCGCGAACAGGAUCAAGGACUCGAAGCACGAAGUCUUUCUGCUUGGUCUGCUGUAUGAUGCCUCGAGGACAUUGUUUCCCAUGUACUGUGACGAGUUCAGCGAGGAGGACUACAUCAUCAAUGAUAGCAUCGAGAUGAUGUUAGCGGGCAAGCGUGGCCACAAGAAGUCCGGGUCCGUCACGCCAAUGAGAUUGAUUGGCAACGCUGCGCGAAUUGGUGAUAAGGUCACAUCUGUCUUUGGAAAUAUUGCCUCUGAGAUCACGGGCAAGCAGGUUUUCAACCCCAACUCCGCCCACUCAAUUGUCGUCGAGGCUCUGGAGAAGGUACGCACCUCAGAGGCCCUGGCUCGACGAAUUUGGAUGUCCUUUGUGGUCGAGGGCAAGGACUCACUGUCCUGCGACGACGUUAUUGAAGUUCUUGGACCAGCACACAAGCUAGAAGCUGAGGAAUGCUUUGAGGCUAUUGAUUCGGACCAGAACGGAGAUAUCAGCUUGGACGAGAUGAUUCGCAAGGUGGUCGAAAUUGGCAAGGAGAGGAAAGCCAUCGCACAUAGCAUGAAGGACAUCGGCCAAGCACUUCAGGUCUUUGACUCGGUUCUGCUUUUCCUUGUCUUGUUGCUCGUCGUUUUCAUUUUCCUCGCCUUCUUCCAGAGCAGCUUCAUCACCACCCUGGCCACCGCUGGUACUGCUCUUCUGUCUCUCUCAUUCGUCUUUGCAGUCACUACCCAGGAGUUCCUCGGUUCUUGUAUCUUCCUCUUCGUCAAGCACCCGUACGAUGUCGGGGAUCGAGUCGACAUUGUGGGUCCUGAGAAGGAGCAACUCAUCGUGGAGAGAAUCUCUUUGCUUUAUACCGUUUUCACCCGCAUUGAUAAGAUGCAAGUUGUUCAGGUUCCAAACAUCAUCCUCAACAAUCUGUGGAUUGAGAACGUAUCCCGCAGCAAGGCCAUGAAGGAAGUCAUUGAUGUCAACGUCUCUUAUGAUACUUCCUUCGAGGAUAUUGAGCUUCUCCGACUGGAGAUGGAGAAGUUUGUUCGCAACUCUGACAACUCUCGCGACUUCAUGCCGGAUAUUGCCAUCAGUGUUGGCAGCGUCAACGACUUGGACAAGAUGACUCUCAAGAUUGCCAUCAAGCACAAGUCCAAUUGGCAUAACGAAGGAGUUCGCGCUUCACGUCGUUCCAAGUUCAUGUGUGCUCUGGCAUUGGCUCUCAAAAAGAUUCCUAUCAAUGGUCCUGGCGGUGGCGGCGAGCCACUUGGCGGACCCACCAACCCUUCUUACUCCGUUACCGUUUCUGAUGCUAUUGCUGCCGCGGCUCGUGAUAAGGCUGAUCGGGACAAGGACGCGGCUCGUAUGGUGCCUUCUAAGCCAACUCAAGACGCCUCGGGCAGUCCGACUAAGACUGAACAACAGGCAGUUACAGAGCUUAACAUGCGGGACGCCGCUUCAACUGUCGCCGAUCAGUAUGGCUACAACCGCGAUGAUGAUACUUUGAACGAGCGGGAGGAGUCGCUCGACCGCAAGAGAUCGAAUGACAUCGAAACAGUUCGCCAAGAACUGCUUGCCAAGACCCAGAGUCAGCGCGGCCGAAGAAAGCCUGGUGAAGGUCUCCCUCCAAUGCCGCUUGGCGACAACAUGCCCGGAGUGUCCCACGACAUCGAGGAGCAGGGGACAAAGCAUCUCUAG